GACUGGCAACACUUGAAACGAGUUUUCCUUUGCAAUGAUGAAGAAAAUAAUAUCUUUUUGAAGUUUUCUACGUAAUUUUACUUGUCAUUAGGAUGGAAUAUUGUAAUUAUUUAUCAGAAUGAAUGCAAUCGGCAAUAUUGAAGUGUCAAUGAAGGAUUGCAAUGGCAUUUGUGAAAAUUCUUUUGCAUCGUACAGUUCCAACGAAAACGAAAGUCGUAGUUACGAGACUGAAGCAGUGGAAACUGACUUACACUUUGAAUCAUUUAAUAAUAUAACAUCAUCAGAUAUGCAUGUAAAUAUGCAAAAUGAUACAAAAAUAAUUGGAUUAAAAGACAAUAUGGAGAAAGAUGAUAAUUAUCUUGAAGAUGAUAGUGAUCCGUUGACAGAUUAUAGAAAUUCUGUGUGGAAAAAGAAAUCUACCAAACUUUUAUUAACUUUGUACAAGGAAUAUAAAAAUGAAUUUUGUGAUUACACUAAAAAGAAAAAAUAUAUUUGGCAAGCAAUUGCAGAAAAAUUACGUCAGGAAGGAUAUUUCGUUACGGCUGACAGUUGUGAUACAAAGUGGAGAAAUAUGUUAAAAACUUAUCGUAAAACUGUGAAGUAUAAUGAACAGAGGAAUGUGGUGCCCAGAAAAUGUCCAUUUUUUGACGAAAUUGAUGACGUUCUUAAUGAACAAGUUGCAAAUAGACAAAUUAAAGAAACUUUGCAGAUCAAAAAAGAAAAUUAUGGUUAUCUUAUCCAAAAACGAACAGGGGUGACAUGGAAUAUGGAGUCUGUUAAAUACUUAAUUUCUGCAUUCAGAGAGCAUAAAAAAGAUUUUCAUGAUGACAGAAUAAAAAAAAGGUAUGUAUGGAAUAAAAUAUCAGAAACAAUGAGUCAAAAAGGAUGCAUUGUUCCUCCAGACUCUUGCGAAGCAAAAUGGAAGAAUUUGGUAAGGAAGUUUAAACAAACACUAGAUAGUAACGGCAAGCCAACUACCGAUACUUACAGAUCACCACUUUAUCGAGAAAUUAUAGAUCUUGUUAACGAAUCAUAUUGUUCGUACGAACAAGUAAUUGAUGUAAACAAGAACCCAAUCAUAUCAAGUCAAUGGCCCGAAAGAAGGAAACCGGUGGGAUUUAUAUGGGAUUUACAGUCAACAAAAUUACUAAUUUCACUUUAUGCCGAAAAUAAAAACAAUACAUUUCAAAAGAAAUCAAAAUUAUGGACAAGUAUUGCUGAAGCAAUGAGUAAAAAGGGAUACUCUGUGACUCCAAAUACAUGUGAUGCUAAAUGGAGGAAAAUGAUCAAAAUAUUUAAAUCGGCUCUACAGUAUCAUAAGAGAACCGGAAAUGUUCCAACAAAGUGUUGGUAUUUUGAAGAAAUGAAAGAACUCUGUGGAAUUUUAUCUGUGAAUACAAAAUGUGUUAAACAUCUAAAAAAUUUUCAUAAUAGGAAGAAAUUGCAAAAAAGUUCAGUUAAUAAACCAUCCAUAAAAAUUCAAGAAUCAAAUGAUAUUAAAAAAAUAGACAUAAUCUCUUGGUUAGACAGUAGAAAAGAAGAACAAGAUAGACAUGAGAAAGAAAAGAUAGAAGUUUUAAUGAAUAUGCAUAAAGAGAGAAUGGAAUUAAUGGGUACAUUAAUUCAGGUGUUGAAAAAUUAAUGUGCACUUGUUAUAAUUUAUUUAUUUACAAAAUAUCUUAUAAUUGUAGAAGAUUAUAUGUUAUUUAUGGACUCCCUUUUAUAGAUGUAAGUAUUAGAUUUUGUUGUAACAAGUUGUUUGUUAUAUUAAUAUAAUUCUCAAUACCUUGAUCUACUUGAAGUUCAAUUUUAUUAUUAUUAUAUGAUUAAAUGUAUUUUGGGAAAGUCCCAUUUUCAAUAUAUUGUAAGUCAAUCUAUGAUGAAAUAUGCCAUUUAAUUUAAGUACUUAGGUGUCAAACAAUAAAUAGUUUUAUAUUAGGUUUAUGUUAAAUUCAGUCUGAAUUUUAAUUUUAAAAGAAUGAAAUACUGUUUCAAUAAUCUACUGUAAUUUGAAACAACAGAAAUAAUUGUCACAUUAUUGAAUUAAUGUUUCGUAUAGAUAGUUGGCAAAGAUGGUAAAGGCAGCAGCCUGCCACUGUAGCAGAUCCAGAUUUGAACCUAGGUUGGAUUUUCAGGAAUUUUCAUGAGUAGUUUACUCUGGAUAUGUUGGGUCCUGUCUUUUACCAUCCAGUUUUCCGCAAUGAACAUGCUAACCCAUGAUAGAUAUGAAAAAAUAACUCAAUGUCUGCAGAGCAGAGAGAGAGAACUUGUUUUGAUAACUAUUAUAUAAAAUGUUCAGAUUUGUCAUUUAUCUGAAAUCGUGCUAAAUAUAUAAAAUUUUAAUUUUCACUGUUCAAACUCUGAUGAUGAGACCUAACUUAAAUGUUUAAUCAUUUAAUAAAUGAUUUUAUGAAAAAAAUUUAAUGUGAUGUAAGUAUUAAGAAAUGUGGUACAUAAGUGUGCAUAUAUAAUAUGCAGAAAUAUUUGAACAUGAAAAAGCUAUAAUUAAGUGAUUAAAAUCACUUUCAAAAUUUGGAAUUUUGUAGUUUGAAACCUGAGUCAGGUUUAUGAAAUAAAUUGAAAAUGUUUGUUCCUUAAACUCUUUUGCUGGAAAGUGCAAAGGUUUUGAUUUUACGAGUUAUCUCUUCCAGCUUUGAUUUUGAUUUUUCAAAAUCAUUUUCUGCUUUUGAAAAAGCUUCAAUUUCUCUAUAUAGAUUCAAUAAAAAUAUUUAAUUCUAAUCUAAUAAAUUACUUUAAUAUUAUUUUAUCUGAAUUAUUUGAAUAUUUGUUAAUGAAUUAUGUCUAAUGUGUCAAGUAACAAUACAAAUUUGUGAUGAAUGUCAUUUUUAAUUAGAUUGUCUGUAAAUUUUAUAGUAAUUUUGGAAUUGUUUGUGAAAAGAAAGCUAAAAAAUUUAAAGUAUUCCAUUUUGCUAAAUAACUUAAAAUAUUUUAAAAAUAAAUAUAAGUAUAUUCAGUAGGUUGAUUCAAAUAGAUUCCUAGAUGUUAUCCUACGGGGUAUAGUUGUAAUGCAAUCAUGCACAUCACACCAGAUGGGUUUAACACGCAUUUAUCAUGGAUGGAAGAAAAGCAUUCGUAUGUGCAUUAAGUUACAGAUCAUAUUUUGUAAGUGAUUGAAUAAUGAAGUGAACUAUUGUCUGUUUGGAGACUUUUGAAUCAUCAUGUAUACAGUAGAGCGUCGUUUAUCUGAAUCAAUUGGGGACUGGGGUUGUUCGGAUAACUUAUUUUUCGGAUAACCGAUUAUGUACGAAAUUUUUCUCCCUUGUGUGUCGCUUCGCG